AUGUCCGCAAUUGGCAGCGUGUUCCUGGGCGAUGUCCAGCGGCUCCGGCACCUCUCGACCUCGACCCCGCCCUCCUCACCGCCCCCGCACGGCGCCCCUGCUGCUCACACCUUCUCGGACGCGGACCUCGACAUGGACGAGCGCGCCGAAGUCGGCGCCCGCCCCGCCGUGAUUCCCGCGCACGCAAGCAUGGUCGCGACCGCGGCCAUCUCACCUGCGCUCGCGCUCGAGCUGCGCCUGCGCUGGCUCGAGACGCUCCUCUUCGGCGCGAAGCACGACGCGGGGGAGGCGGCGGGCGCGCAGCGCUCGGAGAAGGACAAGGAGAAGCUCAAGGAUGGGGAGACCCUCGCCCGCCGCGCGGACGACCUCCAGCGCCGGAUGAACGGCGUCGCGCAGAGCAGCGACGCCCUGAAGCGGUUCAUGGACCGAUAUGAACAGUACGCGCACAUGCUAACACCUGCGUUCGCAUUGGCUGGAACUGUGAAUCCCCCUACAUACGACAACAUGACAUCCACGGAGUUGGAGGCCUUUCUUGCCGAAAUGGAACCCGACAUUCGCUCCGCAGAACGAGACCUGCGCGAGAUUAAUGCACUCGAAACAAAGGGAGUUACUGGAGCCGGGAAACUCGGCGAUUACGAGGCGCUCCAGCCGAGACUGGAGGGAUUGCUGAAAGCGCACGACGAAGACUUGCACACCGCGGCCGACCUGGAGAGACGGAUAGCGCUUCUCAUGGACCACUAUGCUACUAGUGUUGACACCCUUUCGGAGCUUUUCGUGUCCUGGGACGAAACGAUCAGGGAGACGGAAGAUGAGAUUAAUGAGCUCGACAAAGACCUGGAUGAACGCCGUAAGCUGGGAUACGAAUGA